AGUGCUACACAGCGGCUUAAGGCCAGCGUAUCUUUGUACUUGUAUCAAUUACGCAGCUUGUAAAGGACUUUUCUUGCUUCAAAGCUCUCAUGUCAUAUGAUUAUUGACAAUUUGUCAACGGCAUUAUGACAGAGAAACAGGGUCAAUCGAGAUCUUUGUGGAAAUACGUAGCCGCCAUAGGAGUGGCAGCGACUGGACUUUGGUUUGCAACAAGUGGAAACCCCAGCCUGAGGACUAACUCCCGAGACCUUGAUGGCAGAGUCCUGCAUGUUAUGGCAUCAACGCCAUUAAUCGAUGGCCACAAUGACUUGCCAUAUCUUGUUCGAUUGGAGUUGAAGAACAAGAUCUAUAACCCGGAGCAAUUCCGUUUUGAACAAGGUCUCGCGAGUCACACGGAUCUUCAGCGGAUGAAGGAGGGUAGAGUUGGUGGCCAGUUUUGGUCUGUCUUUGUCGAAUGUCCCGAAGUCUCUAAUCUUGACGAUCCCACGCAUUCAGUACGGGAUACAUUGGAGCAGAUUGAUGUGGCUAAGCGCAUGAUUGCAUACUAUGAUGACCUUCACUACUGCGACAAGGCAGAUUGCGUCCUCAAAGCCUUUCGCAAAGGCAAGAUUCCUUCCAUGCUCGGAGCCGAGGGGAUGCACCAAGCUGGGUCUUCGAUUGCUGUCAUCAGGCAGCUGUUCAAUGCUGGGGUAAGAUAUAUUACAGUGACCCAUAACUGCGAUAACCCUUUUGCCACGGCAGCAUCGACAGUCACCGAGACUGGAGAGGACGCUGGCUUGAGCGAGUUCGGUGCCGCAGCAAUACGCGAGAUGAACAGGCUAGGGAUGAUGAUAGAUCUCUCGCACACAUCCCAUGCGUCAAUGCGACACAUAAUGAACAUCACAACUUCUCCCGUGAUGUUCAGCCACAGUACUUGCUAUGGAUUAGCUAAGGACUAUCGCAACGCCCCUGACGAUGUUAUCUCGCAGUUGAAAUCCAACGGCGGUGUCCUUAUGGUUAUGUUUGUCAAGCGCUUCUUGAACGCCUCGGAUCCUGAAGCUGCAGAUAUCGAGACAGUCGUGGAUCAUAUCAUGCACGUGGUGGAGCUAGCAGGAUGGGAUCAUGUUGGGAUCGGUGGAGACUUUGAUGGUACUGUUACCCUGGCCAACGGCAUCAGCUCAGUCAGCGAUUACCCAAAGCUCAUCAAGGCUGUCAUGAGCAGAGGAGCUACGGACGAGCAGAUUCGGAAGUUGCUUGGAGAAAACAUUCUGAGGGUUUGGAAACAAAAUGAGAUCAACGCAGAGGCGCUGCAGAGUGAACUUCCCGUUGAAGACGUCUGGGAGGGUCGACGGUGGACGAGGUGGAACAAUGCCCUGCCUAUGAUGAUUCCUGGAAACACAGAGCGCAUCGAAGCCAAAGACUUCCCUUAGACUUGAUGUGGAUUGGUCUGAGCUUGUGAGUAGCGAAGAACUCGGACAACUAUACUGACAUGAAAUCACUACUGUUUUGAUGAUACACAAUUCCAUAAAUGCU